AUGGCUUUAUCUAAAGCCAAGGCUUUGUCUUUAAAAGACUGCCAGUGUCUCCUUUGUAUGGAAUUCCUCAUUGAGCCUAUAACUCUGCCUUGUACCCACACGGUGUGCAAGUCAUGCUUUAAAGUACUUCUCCAAAAAUCAGUAUUGUCGUGCCCCUUCUGCCGCACCUGGGUCUCUUCAUGGGCUCGGAGUCAUUCUCAUAUAAACCAUCUUAUCAAUAUGGAACUGUGGAAGACAAUUCAAGCUCAGUAUCCAGAGAUAUGUAAACAGAGGGGCCCUGGGGAGGAACUGCCAUCAUUGGCUUUCGGUGAUGAUAUGCCGGUUCGAGUGCUAAGUAAUCCCGGGGAACUGAGGAAAGAAUAUGAAGAGGAGAUGAUCAGGUUGGAGGCUGAGUGCAAGGCCACUGAGGAACAACAAAACAGAGCUACUCAGGAAUACAUAAGGCAGUUAUUGGCACAGGACAUGGAGGAGGAAAAAAUGUGGGCAGAAAAGCUUAAACUGGAAGAACAAAGUCUAAGGGAGGAGGAAGAGGCUAAAAAAGUCAGCAUGGCUGAACCAGCAACAUCCCCAAGAAAGAAAAAAAGCAAACAAAAACAUUGUGACAAUGUCCCAAAGUUUUCCCUUCCUCAGUCUUGGCUUCAGUCAGCAUCACAGUAUGCCACUGUGAAAGAUGGCAAGAAAGCAUCUGUGACAACUGACAGUGACAGGAAGAGCCCUACAGGAGAAGAAAAGAAAAGUACAGCUACUGUGUCAAGAGGUCCUGAGGUUCCAAACCAAGGUACUACAAAUUUAUGUUAUGCGUAUGAUGUGAAAGUGGGCACUUUGGAAAACGAGGCACCAAAACCAAGCUGCUCUAGUCACAACCUUUACGGCCCACCGGAGAACAUUAAACCAGAAGAAGCCAUAGCUCAGAGUUCUGCUGAAACAGAGACUGGAAGCAGUGUAUCAGGUGUAACAGAGGAAACUGGAAACAGCACAACUGAGGCAAAAGAUCACCCUUCCAGCAGUAAGCACACUUCUAAAAGAAAGAAUCACGUAUCUUCAUCUGAAGCAGCCGAUGACCCUGGCACUUCUUGUGGAAUGACCCCCAAAUCUUCUGCAGAUGAAGACGAAACACAGCUCUUAAUUACCAAAAGGCUGUUAGAUUUAGAGAAUAUGUAUUUUGAGAAGCAUCAACAAGAAGAACAAGAUAGACAAUUUGCACUGGAGCUUCAAAGAGUGUUGGAUGAAGAAGGAAGGGCAAUGAGGAGUGAAAAGUCUGCCUCCGAGCAUCCAGACAUUUCAGCAAAAGGAGAGAAUUCCAAAAAAAAGGCCAUAUGA